CCCCCCUCCCCUCCCGCCGCCGCCGCCGCACCUCGCACACGCCCCCGGCCGGGCCUGGCCGCCACACCCCACCCCGGCCGGCCCCUCUAGCAUGGUGCGGGGCCGCCGCCGCCUCCUUCUCCGGCUGCCGACAUGGGCGAGAGGCUGGAGCUCCGGCUGAAGUCGCCCGUGGGAGCCGAGCCCGCCGUCUACCCCUGGCCGCUGCCCGUCUACGACAAGCACCACGAUGCUGCCCACGAGAUCAUCGAGACCAUCCGGUGGGUCUGUGAAGAAAUCCCAGAUCUCAAGCUUGCCAUGGAAAACUAUGUUUUAAUUGACUAUGACACCAAAAGCUUUGAGAGCAUGCAGAGGCUCUGUGACAAGUACAACCGUGCCAUCGACAGCAUCCACCAGCUGUGGAAGGGAACCACCCAGCCCCUGAAGCUCAACACCAGGCCCUCCACCGGGCUGCUGCGCCACAUCCUGCAGCAGGUCUACAACCACUCCGUCACCGACCCCGAGAAGCUCAACAACUAUGAACCCUUCUCCCCAGAGGUCUAUGGGGAGACCUCCUUCGACCUGGUGGCCCAGAUGAUAGAUGAGAUUAAGAUGACAGAGGAUGAUUUGUUUGUUGACCUGGGCAGUGGUGUGGGCCAGGUGGUGCUUCAAGUGGCUGCAGCCACCAACUGCAAACAUCACUAUGGGGUGGAGAAAGCUGACAUCCCAGCCAAGUAUGCUGAGACCAUGGACAGAGAGUUCAGGAAGUGGAUGAAAUGGUAUGGGAAAAAACAUGCAGAAUACACACUGGAGCGAGGAGACUUCCUCUCCGAGGAGUGGAGGGAGAGGAUUGCAAACACCAGUGUGAUUUUUGUCAACAACUUUGCCUUUGGGCCCGAGGUGGAUCACCAGCUGAAGGAGAGAUUUGCAAACAUGAAGGAAGGAGGGAGGAUUGUGUCCUCAAAGCCUUUUGCACCUCUGAAUUUCAGGAUCAACAGUCGGAACUUGAGCGACAUUGGCACUAUAAUGAGGGUUGUGGAGCUGUCCCCACUGAAGGGCUCCGUGUCCUGGACCGGGAAGCCAGUCUCGUACUACCUGCACACUAUCGACCGAACCAUACUUGAAAACUAUUUUUCUAGUCUCAAAAAUCCAAAACUCAGGGAGGAACAAGAGGCAGCUAGGAGGCGUCAGCAGAGGGAGAGCAAGAGCAACACCACCACCCCAACCAAGGUGCAAGAGAGCAAGGAUUCUGGUGCUGAAGAGGAGAAGGCUGCAGCAAGUGCUGUGAAGAAGCCAUCCCCCUCCAAAGCCAGGAAGAAGAAGCUGAGCAAGAAGGGCAGGAAGCUGGCGGGCAGGAAGCGAGGCCGGCCCAAGAAGAUGAACCCUGCCGGCCCCGAGCGCAAGACCAAGAAGAGCCAAACGGCCCUGGAGCUGCUGCAUGCCCAGACUGUGUCCCAGACAGCUUCAUCCUCUCCUCAGGAUGCCUACAAGUCACCUCACAGCCCCUUCUACCAACUACCUCCCAAGGUGCAGCGGCACUCCCCCACCCAGCUGCUGGUGACACCCACCCCUCCUGCACUACAGAAGCUGCUAGACUCUUUCAAGAUCCAGUACCUGCAGUUCAUGGCUUACAUGAAAACUCCUCAGUACAAAGCAAGCCUGCAGCAGCUGCUGGAGCAGGAGAAGGAGAAGAAUGCUCAGCUGCUGGGCACAGCACAGCAGCUCUUCACCCACUGCCAGGCCCAGAAAGAGGAGAUCAAAAGGCUUUUCCAGCAGAAGCUUGAUGAGCUGGGAGUUAAAGCUCUGACCUACAACGACCUGAUCCAGGCUCAGAAGGAGAUCUCUGCUCACAACCAGCAGCUGAAGGAGCAAACCAAGCAGCUGGAGAAGGACAACAGUGAACUCAGGAAGCAGAGCUUGCAGCUGCUGAAGGCCAGGUGUGAGGAGCUGAAGCUGGACUGGUCAACACUGUCCCUGGAGAACCUGCUGAAGGAGAAGCAGGCCCUGAAGAAUCAGAUCUCUGAGAAGCAAAAGCACUGCUUGGAACUGCAGAUCAGCAUCGUGGAGCUUGAGAAGAGCCAGAGGCAGCAGGAGCUGCUGCAGCUGAAGUCCUACACCCCCCCUGAGGAGUCCCUGGCGGCGCAGCUGCGCAGCAAGCCCGAGCCCGAGCACGGCAGGUUCCAGCUGGAGCUGGACUGCUCCAAGUUUCCCAUGCCCCACAUCAAUGGCAUGAGCCCUGAGCUCUCCAUCAACGGCCAUGCUGCUCCCUAUGAGAUCCACCAGGGCUUCAGCAGGCCCUCCUCCAAGCAGAACACCCCCCAGUACCCCAGCUCCCACCUGGAGCAGGAGAUCGUCCCCUGCACCCCCAGCCACGGCAGCAGGCAGAAGGCAGAGAGGAUGAGCAGCUUGGCCCUGCCUGACUACACCAGGUUCUCCCCAGCUAAAAUAGCCCUGAGGAGACAUCUCAACCAGGACCAUGGAGUCAAUGGGAAAGCAACCACCAGCGAGAUUCAGAGAGCUGAGCAUGCCAAGGAGAAUGGCCUCCCAUACCCCAGCCCUGCUCUGUCCAAUGGCAUAAAGCUGAGUCCUCAGGAAGCUCGGCCCUCCUCCCCCACAGCCUUGCCCUCUGCAGCCGAGAAGGUUUUGAGAGAGAGAACCUCUGUGAGUAAUGGAGAAACCAUCACCAGCCUCCCCAUCAGCAUUCCUCUCAGCACAGUGCAGCCCAAUAAGCUCCCUGUUAGUAUCCCUCUGGCCAGCGUGGUGCUCCCUAGCCGUGUGGAGAAGGUGAGAAGCACACCCAGCCCAGUUCAUCAGAGCAGAGACUCCUCCACACUUGACAAGCAGAUUGGUGCUAGUUCUCAUAAUGGUGUAAGCAAUGCUGCUGGAAACAAGCCACUGGCUCUGGCUACCUCAGGUUUUUCUUACUCCUCUGGCUCCGUGGCACUCAAUGGAAACCUUACAAACAGCCCAGCCCAUCUUAACCAUAGUGUUGACCAGGCAGCUCUGGAGGACUCUGGGAGUCUCUUUAACUCAGUGGGGUCUCGGAGUGCCACUCCACAGCACCCUUUGCUCAUGAUGCAGUCGAGGAACUCUGGGCAAAGCUCCCCUGCUCCCCAGCACUCCAGCAGCCCCAGGUUAAACGGCACAGCCCAGAGCCUGGCAGGGGUGCUGCAGUACGCCGACGCUCAGAAGAUGUUUGCCGAAGGAUCGAAGGGGGACCCGCAGCCCGAGGCAGCGUUUGCAGAUCCCGAGAGCGAGGCCAAGAGAAGAAUCAUCUUCACAAUCUCUCCUAAUGCAGGACAUGUGAAACAGUCCCCUCCCAGCAAGCACAGCCCCCUGCCCGCGGGCGCUCGGCUGGAGGCGGGGCAGGCGCCGGCGCCGGACGGCAAGAAGCGAGGCCGGCGGAAGAGAUCCUCGGCCGGGGCCCCGGGCGGCGCCCCCGGCGUCUCCCCCAAGCGCAAGCCCCUGCCCGCCGGCUCGGGGCUCUUCGCCCAGCCCUCGGGCUCCCCCCUCAACAUCAGCUCCAUGGUCAAUAACAUUAACCAGCCUUUAGAAAUAACAGCCAUUUCCUCUCCUGAAAACUCCCUGAAGAACUCUCCUGUUCCUUACCAGGACAAUGACCAACCCCCAGUACUGAAGAAGGAGAAGCCUCUCCUGCAGACCAACGGAGUCCACUACUCCCCACUCACCUCUGAUGAAGAGCAGGGCUCUGAAGAUGAGCACAACAGCAGCAGAAUCGAGAGGAAAAUUGCCACCAUAUCCUUGGAGAGCAAAUCCCCACAGAAGACUGUUGAGAACGGGGGCAGCCUGACCGGGAGGAAGCCGGCGCCAGGCGGCGAGGGCAUGAACAGCAGCAAGUGGAAGUCAACCUUCUCACCAAUCUCCGACAUCAACCUGACCAAACCCACGGAGAGCUCCCUGCAGGCAGCCUCGGCUCUGGGCCAGGGCUCUCUCUUCGCCUUCCGGCCGCCCCCCGAGGACAGCCUGGCCCACGCCAGGAAGAGCCUGGCCCUGGCCUCCUCCGGGGCGGAUGGGCUCAGCCCCGGCACGAACUCCACCAACGGCUUCAGCUACGCCGGGGGGCUCCCGGCCGAGGGGGCGCUGCACGGCUUCGUGGACGCGGCCUCCCUGCCGCACAAGGCUGCCGAGGCGGCGCCGGCCGGCUGCCCCCUGCCCUUCCAGUCGCAGCGGGGCAAAGACGUGGGGAUGGCCGAGCCCAACCCCUUCCUGAGCAAGAGGCAGCUGGAGGGGCUGAGCAGCGCCAAAGGAGAGGAGCUGAGCCGGGCAGGGGGCAAAGGCAAGGAGCCGAGCGACGGCGGCGGCCGCGCCGCGGCCUGCCCGGAGAAGGGCUCCGCGCAGCACAACGGAAAGCUCGGCAAGGGCAGGGACCGGGAGGUGGAGUUCAAGAACGGCCACAACCUCUUCAUCUCUGCUGCUGUCUCCUCCGGUGGCCUUCUGAACGGCAAAAGCCUUCCUCCUGCCGGCCCUGCGGCAGGCGGCCCAGCAUCUUCCGUGCAGCCGCACCACCCCUUCCUGAACACUCUGAGCACUGGAUCGCAGUUCCCCCUGGGCUCCAUGGCCCUGCAAGCCAACCUCAACUCGGUGACAAACUCCUCAGUCUUGCAGUCCCUAUUUAACUCAAUGCCAGCUGCUGCCAGUCUGGUCCACGUGUCAUCAGCUGCAACCAGACUGACUAAUUCUCACACUAUGGGGAACUUCUCACCUGGGGUUACAGGUGGAACAGUUGGAGGUAUUUUUAACCAUGCGGUGCCUUCUGCCUCCUCUGCUCAUCAGUUUGGAGCCACUUUCAGCAGCAGUGCUGUCUCUAGCAGCACAGUGCUGAGCUUAAACCCUCUGCAGGCUGCUGCCAGCACCUCAUCCUCAUCCUUCCCCCCCCCUUCCUCUCAUCCGGUCUCAUCUAGCGAGAGCAGACCGGCGCAGCCCCCCGGCCGGGCUCCGCAGUCUGUCUUCCAUCCCCCUCCUAACGUCUCCCUGCCUCCCCCUCCCCCCUUGCUCGCUCCUAACCCCGAGCCCGCCCUGCUGCAGGGCCUCCCCUCCCUGCCGCCCGCCGAGGCCUUCUUGCCGCCCUCCUCCGCCGCUCCCGGCCAGCCUGCUAACGCUUCUUUGUCUCUCAAGCUAGCUUCUCUCCAGCACAAAGCCUCUCGCCCCUCCUUUACAGUCCAUCACCCUCCCCUGCCCCGCCUGGCGCUGGCACAGGCGGCGCCCGACGCCGCUGGCACCUCGGCCGUGUGGGUGGCCCUUGGCAUGCAGCCUCCUUACGCUCCGCACCUUUCGGGGGUUAAGCCGCGCUAAGGAGCUUGCUUAGCUAACAGUUCUUGUGCUGGAAGGUAACUAAAGGAUUUCUACCUCAACCCAAUGUGACCUAUGCAAGGACAACGUGGACCAACUUCACUCAGCUUCCACUGAAAGGUGCUCACCUGGCCUGUGCAGGGGUUUCUACUCUCUUACUACUACUGGACACACACAAAAUAAAACAAAACAACAACAACAACAACAACAAUUAAUUCAAAGACCUAAACCACAGAGCAAAAAGUUUGGGGUUUGGUUUUGGUUGUUGGGGUUUGGUUGGGGGCUUUUUAAUUUGUUUUUGGGGUUGUUUUUACUGUGAAUCUGAGUGAGGAGAAGGAAAAAGAAAAGAGAUGAAAAGG